GCCAUUGAGUGUGGAACGGAGCUCAGUUGUUGCAAGCGGACUGGUAGAGAUAGAAGCCAGUUUCAUUCGAGCCAGUAUAUCUGUGUGUGUCAACGCAAAGACAACGUCAACGCAAGACAAUUGGAAAUCGAGGCAUAAAACGAGUGAAAUCUGAUUUGAAUUUAAAUCGGUUAGCUGUUGCUGACACACGCAUAAAGCCAGAUAGAAAACAAAAAAAAGAAAUGAACAAGCUUCCAGUGAGGGCUUGCACAGCCAGUGCAUUCAGCCUGAGGCGAACUGUGUCAAGGAUCAGUGGCACGGGCCUGCUGCCAAAUGAGAAGCAACGUCUCGAGAUCCGCGACAGCUCCACGGGCGUGGCCGCCUGUCCCCAUCUGCUGGAACCAGAGGAGACAGCGGCGCCUUCAACGCCACGAAUACACUCCACUCCCGAAUGGCAGAACGCUCUGCCCUACAAUCAGAUACCUGGACCCAAGCCCCUACCCAUUCUGGGCAACACCUGGCGUCUGAUGCCGAUCAUUGGCCAAUACACCAUCUCCGAUGUGGCCAACAUCUCGUCGCUGCUACACGAUCGGUAUGGCAGAAUUGUGCGUUUCGGUGGCCUCAUAGGUAGGCCCGAUCUACUCUUCAUCUACGAUGCCGACGAAAUCGAAAAGUGCUACCGCAGCGAGGGGCCCACCCCCUUCCGCCCAUCGAUGCCCAGUCUGGUCAAGUACAAGAGCGUGGUGCGCAAGGACUUCUUUGGGGAGCUCGGCGGCGUGGUGGGCGUCCACGGUGAGCCUUGGCGUCAGUUUCGAUCGCGUGUCCAGAAGCCGGUGCUGCAGCUAUCCACCAUCAGGCGCUACCUGCAGCCGCUGGAGGCGAUCACAGAUGAUUUCCUGGUGCGCUGCGAGCACCUGUUGGAUGGUAACCAGGAGCUGCCAAAGGAUUUCGACAACGAGAUACACAAAUGGUCGCUGGAAUGUAUUGGACGCGUUGCCUUGGACACGCGUUUGGGUUGCCUGGAAGCGAAUCUUAGUCCCGACUCGGAGCCACAGCAAAUCAUCGAUGCUGCCAAGUAUGCCCUGCGGAACGUGGCCACUCUCGAACUGAAGGCUCCCUACUGGCGGUACUUCCCGACGCCGCUCUGGACCCAAUAUGUGAAGAACAUGAACUUCUUUGUGGGCGUCUGUAUGAAGUACAUACAGAGUGCCACAGAGCGAUUGAAGACACAAGAUCCCAGCCAGCGUGCCGGUGAACCCUCGCUAGUGGAGAAGGUGAUUAUGUCGGAGAAGGACGAAAAGAUAGCCACCAUAAUGGCGUUGGACUUGAUUCUAGUCGGAAUAGACACCAUAUCGAUGGCGGUCUGCUCAAUGCUCUAUCAACUGGCCACGCGUCCCGAGGAGCAGCAAAAGGUGCACGAGGAACUGAAGCGCCUGCUACCAGACCCAAACACACCGCUCACCAUUCCGCUGCUCGACCAGAUGCACCAUCUGAAGGCCUUCAUCAAGGAGGUUUUCCGAAUGUACAGCACGGUGAUUGGCAAUGGACGCACCCUGCAGGAGGACAGCGUGAUCUGCGGCUACCAGGUGCCGAAGGGAGUCCAGGCCGUCUUUCCCACGAUUGUGACCGGUAACAUGGAGGAGUAUGUAACAGAUGCUGCCACGUUCCGACCCGAGCGUUGGCUGAAACCACAGCAUGGUGGAGUUCCGGGCAAACUACAUCCGUUUGCCUCGUUGCCCUACGGCUAUGGUGCCCGCAUGUGCCUGGGACGGAGAUUCGCUGACCUAGAGAUGCAGAUACUGCUGGCCAAGCUGUUGCGAAACUACAAGCUUGAGUACAACCACAAACCAUUGGACUAUGCCGUCACAUUUAUGUACGCGCCGGAUGGCCCGCUCCGCUUUAAAAUGACGCGCAUAUAGUUGCCUCAUCAGUUGUAGAUUUAAGAUUUCGUAUACUCGUAGUUUGUUGUAAAUAUUUGUCUAAUAAAAUAUGUAUUAGCCAUACAUA